CUCUCCCCCAGGACCCAGGGACAGGGCAGCAUGAGCCAGUCAAGGCAUGUGGGCAAGAUCCAGAAACGCCUGGAAGAUGUCAAGAACCAGUGGGUCCGGCCGGCCAGGGCUGACUUCAGCGACAAUGAGAGUGCCCGGCUGGCCACAGAUGCCCUCCUGGAUGGGGGUCCCGAGGCCUACUGGCAGGCGCUCAGCCAGGAAGGCGAGGUGGACUUCUUGUCCUCAGUGGAGGCCCAGUACAUCCAGGCCCGGUCCAAGGAGCCCCCCUGUGCCCUGGAGUCCCCGGGUGGGGCCGAGGCAGGCCCCAAGGGUCUCGACUCCUGCUCCCUGCAGUCAGGUACCUACUACCCCAUGGCCUCGGAGAGCAGCGAGCCGACCCUGCUGCACACCUGGGCCUCAGCCGAGAAACCCUACCUGAAGGAGAAGUCCAGCGCCACCGUGUACUUCCAGAUGGACAAACACAACAACAUCAGAGACCUCAUCCGCCGCUGCAUCACCCGGACCGGGCAGGUCCUGGCCAUCCUGAUGGAUGUGUUCACGGAUGUGGAGAUCUUCUGUGACAUUCUAGAGGCGGCCAACAAGCGCGGGGUGUUCGUCUGUGUACUUCUGGACCAGGGAGGCGUGAAGCUCUUCCAGGAGAUGUGUGACAAAGUCCAGAUCUCUGACAGUCACCUCAAGAACAUCUCCAUCCGGAGUGUGGAAGGGGAGGUGUACUGUGCCAAAUCAGGCAGGAAGUUUGCCGGCCAGAUCCAGGAGAAGUUCAUCAUCUCGGACUGGAGAUAUGUCCUGUCUGGAUCGUACAGCUUCACCUGGCUCUGCGGGCACGUGCACCGGAACAUCCUCUCCAAGUUCACAGGCCAGGCGGUGGAGCUGUUCGACGAGGAGUUCCGCCAGCUCUACGCCGCCUCCAAGCCCGUGAUGGGCCUGAAGUCUCCGCGGCUGGCCGCACCCCUCCAGCCCAGAGCAGGCCCCAGCCCCCCGCCCGGCCGCCUCAGUGGCGGCAGCAGCUCCGCCAGUGACCGCACGUCCUCCAACCCCUUCAGCAGCCCGUCGACGGGCAGCCACCCCCAGAACCGGAGUCUGUCCUUAUCCUCAGGCCCCGGCAGUCCCCCGGCCCCAAACCCACCUCCGCCCCCCAGGUUUCAGCCCCACGCUGGCCCUUGGGGGGCCCUGACUCCACAGGCCCACUUGCCGCCGAGGCCCCACGACGGCCCGCCCGCUCUCUACAGCAACCUCAAUGCCUACAGGCCCACGCGGCUGCAGCUCGAGCAGCUGGGCCUGGUGCCCAGGGUGGCCCACACCUGGAGGCCCUUUCUGCAGGCCUCCCCUCAUUUCUGAAGGGUCCCUCCCCCAGCCCCGGGCUGGGCAUUCCUGGAUUUUCUGGCCCAAGGACCCCACCUCAACGACUAGCAGCUUUAACCUGCUUCCCUUGGAACUAAAGGCACUUGGACGAAAUCAUUGCCUGUGUUUGAAUGUCCCCAGGCCUGAGACCAUGCACCUGCUGACGCCCACCAGUCCCCGGGUUUCCUUCUCUAGUAUGGCCUAUGCAGCACAUUCCAGAAGGUUCCAGGGAGGUGGGGGGUGGGGAGCUAGAGGACAAAAUCAUGGAAAUAGAGCCCCUUUCUUCCACAGAGCAGCCAGUGCUUGCAUAUUAAUAUUCCUGGAAUCUCCGUAAUGUAAGAAGGGGCAGAUGCAGCCCGAGAUUUACAUAUGGGUAAACUGAGGC